GUUUACGACUAACGACGCAGCCCAAAACUUUGCAGGUGCUGUGAUACUGCACUUGCGGUGAGCCGUCUUCGGGAGAAUGAUGCUCCUACCCUCAAAAUACCGAUAGCUAUCUAUCUAUCGACUCUUAAUGUUCGUGCCUCCUGUCGGGGUCAUGGACAAUCAUCCAGCACUCCAUCACAGACCUUUCGCGAUCCGAACAUCACAGUCGUCGAUCGACCAGCCAGUGACGUGACAGCGACGCCUCGCUACACAUUAUCCACCGCCUACAUAGUAUCACCAUGAUGCACGCAACAGAUCCCACGCACAACAAGGAACCGACAGUCAAUGUUGUGUCACGUGAGUCUAUCUCAACUCUGUCUCCAAGGCCGUCCGGCUGCACGUCUUACAGUGAUCAGAGUCAGAAGCAAGCGGCCUCUCCGGUAGAGUUGAUCGCUUUGGGUUUGCCCGUCCCGUGUAUUCAACAUCUUGCUUUCCCCUCUCUUUCCUGCACCUGUUGUCCCGAAAACCUGGAAAGCCAAAACUGAUCUACCUUUGACUUCAUGCAAGGAACAUGACAGACAUGCAUAUCGAUCAAAUCAUGCUUAUUCUAUCUUUCAAUAUCUCAUGUUUUUCUGGUUGUUUCUACCUGGUCAUUGUUCUCUACUGCACGUUCAACCUGCGAACAAUAGUUACCCCGUUAUGCAGAGGUUUUUUGAUCUUCCUCAGCUCUCUAGAUAUCUUCUUCAGUGCCACGUAUUGAAUUCAACAGGAGCAUACAUUGUUCUUACUUUGGCCUGAAUAAGUUUUGAGUUUCGGUUCUGAGCAACACCAGAUCCCUUCAUCUCAAGUCUCAUCACAACCUAACUUUCAUUCAGCGAGUCAUGCUUUUCCACCCCCUUCUUCCCCCAGACUUGCACCUUUUGAUCAGCCAGCACCUCGAGGGUUGAACUGGACUUUUUUGGAUUAUCGUCAAUUUCACAGACCUCUUUGCUGCCAGUCCGCUCAGGGCACGUUCAAAUUCCAGGCCAAAAUGGACGACAAACAUCUACACCCAAACAACUACCUCCAAGCAAGCCAUCUGCACCCUCUUCAUCUUGGCUUCAGAUCGACUGAGAAACUCGAUCUCGAACUUCGUGAUCCAAGAUUUAUCGAUUCAGAUGGCAAGGAGAAAGAUGGCAUUAUUCUGGAUGGGGAACUUGGAGUAGAGAAGCCGGUGACGCCACAGAGGACCAUUACUGGAUGGCGAUGGCCCAUUCUUGUUACUUCUGUCAUUUCAGCUGUGUUUUUGUAUUGUCUCGAUACCAAUUUGACGAGUAUUUUGAUUCCUGUACUCCUCGCCGAAUUUGGGGAAGCAUCUAAACUUCCAUGGAUAUUUGUCGGUUUCUCCCUCGGCGCCAUAGCGCUCGUCCUGCCGGUCGGAAAAAUAUACACCAUCCUCCCAGCUAAGCACCUUUGCCUGCUCUUUCUCAUGCUCUUCGCUCUCGGCUCUGGCCUUUGUGGCGCCGCACAGAGCAUGAACAUGUUGAUCAUAGGACGUGUAAUUGCUGGUGCGGGUGGUGUUGGGCUUUAUACUGGUGUGAUUGUUAUCUUGUCGAGUGUGACCACGCCGCAGGAAAGGCCGACGUAUGUUGGGUUGGUCGGAAUCUGCUGGUCUCUUGGCCGCGUCCUAGGCGCCCUCUUUGGUGGUCUCCUCGGUCCCCGUUCCUGGCGCUGGGGUUUCCUCCUCGACAUCAUCGUUGCCGGUCUCUUCACACCCGUAUACCUAACCAUGAUACCCACGCUCGAUCCUCUCUCGGCCUCCUCCGCUGCUACCAAAACCACACCCCCACCACUGCUUACCCGCCUCCUAACUCUCGACAUCCUCGGCACUCUCCUCUCAGUCAUCUCCAUCACCGGCCUAAUAACAGGCAUCUCCUUCGGCGGCCUCUCCUACGCAUGGGAUAGCAUCCCAACCAUCCUAUUUUUCUCCAUCGCAGGCACAAGCCUCAUUUUCUUCUUCGUGCAACAAAAAACCAUCUUCCUAACCACCGCCACCACCCGACUCUUCCCCAUCUCUCUGGUCACCAUCCCAGAAGUGUGGCUCGUGUUCGCCGUCAGCUCUUGCUGCUCUACAGGCGGCUUUCUAGCCCUCGAGUACAUGAGUUUGUAUUUCCAGCUUGUGAGAGGGGAGAGUACGCUUGGUGCUGCGAUUAGACUGUUACCGAUGAUUGGAUGUAUGGCGUUCUUCAUGCCGCUUGUGGGGUGGGUUAUACCGAGGGUUGGGGGAGGGUUAUGGUGGACUGUUGUGGGUGCGAUUGUUGGGACAGUGGGAGCUGUGGGGUUAGCUCUCCUCCAACAAAAAACUCCACCCCUCGGGAUCUACAUCCCCCAAAUUCUAGUCGGUACAGGCUUCGCUCUGUAUCUCCAAAUGGCAUAUACAGCCAUGCCAGCCUGCGUCCCGGCUGAUCAAAAAGGAAAUGCCAUGACAAUGGUCAUAAUAUCACAAAUGGGCAGCAUCGCCUUCGCCCUCGCCACCGCAGGCAGCAUAUUCACCAACCUGUCCCUCACCAAUCUACAAACCCUGUUCCCGCUAGAACCCCCCUCCGUCCUCCAAGAAGCUAUUUCCGGUACCAGUGGGGAGUUUAUCAGGGGAUUGAGCACCGAAGAGAGAGGGUUGGUGUUGGGGGUUCUGAUGAAAGGGUUGGGCAUUAUAUUCACGAUUGCAUAUAUCGCUUUCGCAGGGAGUUUAGUUGCUGCUAUUGCACUUGUGAUUCUCACCAAAUGGAAAGCACACACCAAGACGAAAGAUAUGGUUAAGCUUGAGGGGUAGAAAAGAAUGGCAUAUCCUUCGCGGCACAGUGAUGCUAGAGUCGGAAUAGGAGACAGAGUGUGAUUGAGAGUAGACAUAGACAAAGAAAUAGGAGCGGGAAUAUACUUGAUUGCCUUACAAUCCAUAAACCCGAAGAAUUAUCUCACAAUUAUGGAAAAGGGACACCCUUAAAGGUCUUCAAAUAAUCGUAACCGGAGUUGUUGCUUAUUCUCGGUGCGGUAAUACUAGAAAGAAG